CAAACAGGCCAAUAUACGGCCAGUAUACUCCCAAGUCUUCGGGACUCAGUUCAAGAUGUACGUCAGAAACUUAGAGCUCGACGAGCGUGUCGUUCAACACUUUGGAGCGAGUCCGGACGAGUUGGAAGAUGUACCGGAUUUUGUAUAUGCUUUCGUCGACAAGCUGGGAAAGGAACUUCCUGAUGAUACCGAGGUCCUCUUCGAAGCUGCGGAACCUGAAGGUGACCCUACGAAAGGAGGUCACGGCUACGGCAUCGCAACGUGUACGGAGGAUGGUUGCAUGCUCGACUUGUUCCUCACGGCGGAUCCCGAGCUGGAGGAUGGUGGUAAAAGCACCGGUUUAGGGUCAAUCGAAGCGUUCAAGAUGCACUGCAUGGAGGAACCGCAUAUCGCUGCAAGAGAAAAGAGGCUUCGGCGAGAUAAGAGGAAGGUCAAGGCCAACGGCUCGUUGACCGACUUCGGUGCUCGUCCGUCGAUGGCGCAAGUUGAGCAAGCCGCUUCUCAAUCACAAGGCCUUUACGGAUUCAGCGAGACGGACGAAGACGAAGCCACGGAUGAUAUCCCCCGACCUAGAUGGGCCGCUAUCGGCGCUGGCGCUCCAAGCGACUUUUCGGAGACGGAAAACGAAGACGAUGACGUGAAACCCGUCAUCCCGAAACCUGCUGUAAACAAGGGCAAGGGCAAGGCGAAAGCCAACGAUUGGAACCCUAUCGUUUUACUCUCGAGUGAUGAGGAUGACGAUUUUCCAAUUCGCUCUGUCGGAGUCAAACGGCGAAGAGAUCUCGGCCCGCACAGCAGCUUCGGUAGCGACCCCGCCACCGCUAUCCAGCUGGAUUCGGACGAGGAUGUGAAACCGGUCUUCUCGAGCACCCCCGGCAGUCAGCGUAGGAAGCAGAAGCAGAUGAAACUCGAUCGAUUCUACGGCGGGAAGACGAGCGGGGAGAUCAAGAUCGACGACGACGACGACGCGACACCACUCGCCGCAUCGAUCGAUCGCAAGCCGACGAUGCACGAUCAAAUCGAUGUCAAGCCGAACGUGGACGUCAAGCCUGACCUUCAACCGCCGCAGACGGACUUUUUCACCGUCCCGGCUGGGAAGACUUAUGAAAAAGAGGAAGCCCGCUUGCGGCUAAUUCAAGAAAAGAACCUCCUAAACGGUCUCCACGCGCGCGCGCAAGCACCGGGUCUCAGACCUCUCAUCGCAAAUCGUCUUGGCGUACUUCACAACAUGGUCCAAACCACGUUCAAGAACUCUUCGACGCCUUAUCUCACCUUUCCAUCGCGCACGCUACUAGAGCGUAUUCCUGGACUCGCGAAUAUCUGGAAAGAUGUCCUAGAGAUGUGGAUCAAGCGGGACGAGUCUGAGCGAAAGAGGAUACAAGCUGCCUACGAGGAACGACUUAGGAUGAUGCAAGCUGCGGGUGCACCGGGACCACCAGGCUUACCCGGACUCGAUUAUGGCGGCAAUGCCCAGGCAAAUGCCCAGGCGGGCCCGAGCAGGAUACCAGCUUAUCCUAUGGGGCCUACCCCGAGCGGGAGUCGCUUCAACAUGAACGUCAGUCCAGGCCCCGACGAAUCUUUGCCUGUACGUGCCGGGGUUCCUCUGCAAGAAAACGAGCUGGCCAAAUUCUUCGAAGAUGCUCUCGACGGAUUCGCCGAAGAUGAGACGGUUGCCGCGGCUGCGACUAAGCUCGGCCUCGCCUCGAUGGAUGAAGCGCUUCCUUCGAUGCAGGUCAAGCUUAUGCCGCAUCAGGUGAUUGGCGUGGCAUGGAUGCUGGAAAUGGAGCGGAACCCGUUGCGGAAGGGAGGGAUUCUAGCGGAUAGUAUGGGGUUGGGAAAGACCAUUCAGAUGAUUGCAACCAUGGCGGAGAAUCAGCCGGAGGACCGGAAACGCAAGACUACGCUCAUCAUCGCGCCCGUUGCCCUGCUAGAGCAAUGGGAACAGGAGAUCCGGCGCUUCGUCAAGCACAAAUGGAGGAUCCACCUCUACCACGGGAAAGGGAACAAGAUCUCGUUAGCUCAGAUGAAGCAUUGCGACAUCAUCCUGACUAGCUUCGGUCAGGUCGCGAACGCGCUGCCAUCCGAGAAACCUGGACCCAACGACGACUCGAGCGACGACAUGAAUAAACGAGGAGACCUACUCAAAAUGAACUGGUAUCGAGUCUGCGUGGACGAGGCAUCUCAAAUACGGAACUCAAAGACAAAAAGCGCAAAGGCAAUCUACCAAUUGAAGUCCACCUAUCGUUGGAUUCUCAGUGGAACUCUGGUCGUCAAUACACUUGUCGAUCUAUUCAGCCCGCUCUACUUCUUAAAUAUCUCCGAAUUGAGUGUAUGGGAGAAUUUCCGCGACAAAGUCCAGAAGUUGGAAAAGCGAAGGCCUGAUCUUGCGGUCAAGCGGGUACAAGCGGUCUUGAAGUACGCUUGCAAAAGGCGGACCGCGGACUCGAAGAUUGACGGUCAGCCAAUCCUUACCCUGCCGCCAAAGACGCUUGUAAAAAGAAUGCCCGCGUUCGACCAAGACGAGCGAACGGUCUACGACGUCAUCGAAGCCCGCGCGAUCGCAAGAUUCAACAAGUUCCUCAAAGCGAACACGGUCCUGAAGAAUUACGCCCAUGUCCUUACGAUGAUUCUGCGCCUUCGCCAAAUUUGCAAUCAUGUGUCGCUGGUUUGCAGGAAGCCUGGAGAGCAGGGGCACGCAGACGACCUUAUGAUCUCCAACGCUGAGAUGACAUUCAACCCCAAGGCUACCGAAGAACCUGGUUGGAACAGGGAGGCCGAAAUCGAAAGGGCUCGAACCGUCGGCGGCGAUGAACUCGUCAAUAAAUUGAUUCAGAAAUUUAUGGAACGUCAAUCUGAACUUGAAGAUGCCGAAAAGGAGCAGGACGAGCAGCGGGAAGAAGACCAGCUGGCGGAUAUCGACAUGGAGUGCGCCGUAUGUUUCGAGCCUUUUGGUCAUGACGAAAGGGUUACGGUCUGCUGCCAUUCUUUCUGUGUAACGUGUAUCGAGCUCGUGAUCAAGCCGGCAACCGCGCAGCCUGUCAUUGCCUGUCCUUUGUGCCGAGAACCCUUACAUGCUGGAAAAGUCUUCAUCGCCGCCGCUUUCAAACCCGUUGAUGACGUCAAAGAAGAGAAGGAUGUUGUCGAUGAUCUGAAGUUGGACUUUAACCUGGAGGAGAAGAUGCCGCCGUCUACCAAGAUGAUUCAGUGCUUAGAGUUGAUUCAGGGCUGGAUCGCUGCUGGGCCGACCGACAAAAUCAUCAUCUUUAGUCAAUUUGUGACGAUGAUCAACAUCUUGGACGACUACAUGAGGAUGAACGGCGUGGACACAGCUACAUACACCGGACAGAUGUCGAAAGACGACCGAGACGAGGUCCUUGCGGAUUUCAAACGACCGGAAGGACCGAAAGUCCUCAUCAUCAGUACGAAGGCCGGAGGUGUCGGACUGAAUCUUACGUGCGCCAACAAGGUCAUCCUUCUCGAUCACACUUGGACCUAUGCGGCCACGGCUCAAGCUGUCGACCGAGCCUGGCGUAUAGGUCAGACCAAGCCGGUCGAAGUAAUCGAAUUGAGUAUCGAAAACACAAUCGAAGCGAGGAUUCUGGCUCUCCAGGAAAAGAAGAAGCAGCUUGCGGAUGGCGCUUUCGGUGAAGGCGGGAAUCAGAAGCUUGGGAGGCUAUCCCUUCAAGACCUACGUAUGCUCUUCGACCGCAACGCUUAGGAGGAGGCAAUUUCAACCUAUUAGGCUAUUUACGAAGAUGACGAGAUCCCGACGAUCGUUUCCGUGGGUGGACU